AUGCACCACAUCAAGCCAGGUGCUUCCUUCGCUCAAGCAUACAACGCAAUAAAAGCAUACUUUGACACGCCCAACAACCAGACAGAUUACUACCAGGAGUGGACCACAGUCACUCUUGCUGGAGAGCGCCAAAGCAAUCCCAGCAAAUCGUGGGUUGAGGUCGUAGAUCUCAUGCGAGCAUUAGGAUCAGUAUAUGCUGGUGAUGAACACCUUAUUGCCGCCAUCACAAGAGCGUGCCAAUCUACACCAGAAAUGGGCGAGGCUCUCAGUGAACCAACAAGCAGCUUCCAGACAAUUAUUUCUAAGCUGCGUGCCAGGACAGGUGUAGUGCAGCGGAAGGAGUUGGCAAGCCAGUACGUGGUAGAUGAAGUCAAUAAUCCUCAAGUGUUCUAUACGGACAGGAAGUUUAUGGGACGCACAAAUCGUAACAACAGUCCUAUAUCACGUCAAGAAUAUCGACGCAAGAACCGUGACGAUGCCAAACAACUCAGGAAAAGCAAUGGAAGGAAGAAGCUGUCAACCCGCGCUUACCAGACCUUCUUGCAGGAAUAUGAAGGCACCUCGUCGGAAGAGAAAGACGACGAUUCCACCGAGGAGGAGGUUAAGCAGGAUGUGACCACCGCAUACUUUAUGGUCAACCAACUGCAAGAUCAAGAUGAAAAUAACCACCCUGCACCUGCCUCUCAGUUUCUUCUCGACCCCCAUGAAAAUGAGACUUUUUAUGGGAUUAUGCCAGAUACAGGAGCAUCGACUGUCUCAACCAUUGGUAAAGGACAACUUGCCGCCUUCCUGAGACUCUAUCCCUACACCAAGGUCGAUAGAUCGCGUGCAGGGGAGUACUCAGUCCGCUUCGGCAUGGGCAAUCCGAUAAUCUCGACUGCGGUGAUUACCGUGGAAUCGCAGUUUAGUGACAUAGAAUUUAACACCAUGGAUUUACCAACGCCUUUCCUGUUCUGCCUCAAAGAUAUGGAUCGCCUACGCGUUAAGUUUGACAACCUCACCAACGAGAUGAUCCAGGGAGACCUUAUCGUACCGGUUAUUCACAAGCGAGGCCACCCGUGGUUCUUCCUGGAUGAGAAGUAUGCACCAGAGGCGUUUCUAACUGAGGUCGAGAUGAGGCGGUUACAUCAACGGUUUGGUCACCCUGCAGUUGAUAGGCUGCACAAGGUCUUAAAGCGUGCAGGCCAUCUUGACGUGGAUUAUAAGGUGCUUGCGCAGAUUGAAGAAUUCUGCCACCAUUGCCAAAUGAACCGGCAAGCACCCAAACGGUUCAAAUUCACGUUGCAUGACGACUGCGAGUACAACUACGAGAUCGUUGUUGAUGUUAUGUAUCUUGAUGGCAAGCCAGUACUGCACAUCGUUGACUGGGCAACCUCAUUCCAAGCAGCGAAAUUCUUGAAGUCUCUGUCAACUAAGGAUACCUGGGAAGCACUCCGGGUAGCGUGGAUUGACACAUAUCUUGGUCCCCCUGAUGUCAUAUCCCACGACGCAGGAACGAAUUUUGCUGCAGCAGAAUUUAGAACUGAGGCCAAGAUAAUGGGAAUCCAAUGCCACCAGGUGCCAGUCGAGGCUCACAAUGCUAUUGGCAAGGUUGAACGGUACCACACACCACUGCGCCGCGCUUAUAAUAUCAUAUUGUCGGAACUCGGUGCAAGCGUCGACAAGGAGAUCAUACUUCAGAUGGCGGUUAAGACUGUCAAUGACACAGUAGGACCAGAUGGAUUAGUACCAACCGUACUAGUCUUUGGUGCCUAUCCUUGCAUGACUUACGACUUGCCACCAUCAGCAUUGACAGCAAAGCGCGCCCAGGCCAUGAGGAAGGCCAUGAUCGACUUAAGGAACACCAUGGCCACGCGUAAAGUCAAUGACGCUCUCAAGGCCAGGAACGGCCCGAUUGUCACGGAAACGCUCAACCUGGCACCAGGAACCGACGUGCAGGUCUGGCGAGAAGGUAAAGGAUGGACUGGCCCGCACAAAGUUAUCUCAGUUAACGAUUACAAUGUGAUUGUGGACCUACCCAGCGGUGUCACUGAUUUCCGUGCAACUUCAGUACGACGUUACCAGCGAGACGAGAUCGAGUCGUCUCCGACUCGGCGCCUACUAGGCACUGAUCUUCCUCCUCAAAAGGAGGAAGAAGGUAGAAAAAUCGAUGGCCUACUGGCGGGCCGGAAAAGUGGCCCAGCAUUUGCUCGGGGAUCCUCCUCAUGCGACGCUGCUGCCGGCGCGCUGCAAGAAGUGGAAUCAGGAGAGCCUGCCGGCGCGGCAAAUCCGAAUCGCCGCCUGAGGACGAGAGGGAUUCAUGUUCCUGACGCACCAGUAAUGCCGCCAGCGCCACGCCGCCGAGGACGACCUCCAGGUUCGAAGAACAAACCAAAGACCUAUACCAAUGAGGUCGAGGUGUUCCUAUCUAGGAAGGAAAAAGACGACCUAGAACUAGCAGUCAAGCUGCGCCGAGAAGGGAAGAUAACCGCGGACGGCGCGCCAUUUGAGCUCUCUGCAAUGGCUGAGAUCGAUGGUCUCAUUGCGAGUGGCACUUUCAAGAUAAUGCACCAUGAUGAUUUGGAUCUCAGAGGCGUACGAAUCUUCAACUCCCGGUUGGUCAAUGAGAUAAAAGGCAAGAACGAGAAACCGUACGAGAAGUCACGCCUCGUCAUACAGGGUUAUAACGACGCGGGCAAAACUGGCAUACUGACACAAGCGCCGACGAUUCAGCGCGCCAGCCAGCGCCUUGUCGUGUCACUUAUCGCUACGCUGAUUCUCAUGGGCAUGGUUGUCGAUCUGCGUGAUAUUACCCAGGCGUACACACAGUCAAAAAGUAAGCUACAACGCCUGAUUGUUGCCAACCUGCCAGCCGAGAUGAGAGAUAAAUACCCACCGGAUUCGCUACUCCUUGUGGAAGGUGCCUUGUACGGGAUCCCUGAAGCCGGUGUACACUGGUUUGACACAUAUCAAUCCCAUCACAAGGACCGGCUGGGUAUGGAGACAUCCACGUACGACCCGUGCCUCCUCAUGACGACUAAAGGGAAGGAGAACUUUGGCCUUGUCGGUAUGCAGAUGGACGAUACCCUGCUUGUCUCAACAGAAAGUUUUGCCGGAGAGGAACAAGUGGCUUUACAAGAAGCUGGCUUCAAGGCGAAGCCUAAGACACGCCUAUCCCAACAAGUGCCAAUAGAAUUCAAUGGCGCUAGAAUCACUUUGCAAGAUGAAAAGGUCUAUUUCCGCCAAAAGGGCCAAGCCGCAAAGAUAAAGCCAGUGGGCAAGGAAGACCGCGCACAAAAGUACGUGGAACAACGCGCGCGCGGUGCGUACUUAGCUUCAAUCUGCCAACCUGAAGCGGCGUACGACUUGGCAGUGGCCGCUCAGCUGCAGGAGAAAGACCGAUCUGAGGCAGAUUAUGACGCGUUGAAUAAACGUCUCAUAUGGCAAGCCGAGAACCCAGAUAGAGGUCUCUGCUUCGUUCCGAUUGAUUUGACCAAGGCCAAGAUCAUGAUAUUUACCGACGGUUCCUUCGCCAACAACCGGGACUUGACCUCCCAAAUUGGCUUCCUCAUUGCCAUGGUAAAUGAGGAUUUUUCCGAAUCAGGCCAAUUCACGAUAACCGGCAAUAUCUUGCACUGGGCUUCGUCUAAGUGCAAGCGGAUUACACGUAGUGUACUGGCCUCCGAGAUUUAUGGCCUCACUACUGGCUUCGACCAAGGUUUUACCCUGGCCAGUACAGUCAACAUGAUUACCAAGAGGCUCGGCCAGCCUGAGAUGCCGGUAGUAGUCUGCACAGAUUCCUACUCGCUAUAUGAGUGCCUCACGAAGCUUGGAACGACUAAAGAAAAGCGCUUAAUGAUCGAUCUCAUGGCGCUUCGCCAGUCAUAUGAGCGACAUGAGAUUGACGAGAUCCGAUGGAUCCACGGUGACGACAACCCUGCAGAUGCCUUUACAAAGUCAAACCCGAACAAGGCCCUGCGGGACUUCGUUGGAUCCAACAAGGUGACGAUCCGGGUGGAAGGCUUCGUUGAGAGGACCAGGAUUGAUUAG